AUGCUAAGCAAAGCCAAGAAAGGUUCUCACAUUCGCACAAGAGAUAAUAUGGGGUUUGAAAUGAAAAGGCUUAGUGUCCCCCAAAGAACUGGGAGACUAGGUCGUGGUCUGGAGAUGGGAGACGGCCAUCAGGAGCACUCCACGCAACUGGGGUUGCCUCUUGUGGCUCACUCGAUCGAGCUUGCUCUUGGCUCGAUCGAGUUGUGCCUCGAGUUAGCCGCUCUUCUUCCUAAAACCUGCUCCUGUAAGACUUAG